UUAUCUGAAUUUGCUGCUGAAGUAACAAAAGUAGCUAGAGAAGUGGGAACUGAAGGAAAAUUUGGUGCUCGAGCCCAAGUUAAGGAUGUAAGAGGAACUUGGAAAGAAAUCACAUAUAAUGUCAAUACCAUGGCAGCAAAUUUAACUCUUCAAGUACGUGCAUUUGCACAACUUUCUGCUGCUUUAAAUGAUGGAAAUUUUACUCGAUUUGUUGAUGAAUCUGAUGCAUUGGAUAGUCUUAAAACUAAAAUAUGUCAAAUGGUGUAUAAUUUAACAGAAAGUAUUCAAUUAAGUAAUGGUUUAAGAGGAGCAGCUGAAUUAGCUAGUAUAAGUAAGAGUGAGUUUUUGGUAAAUAAGUCGCAUGAGAUGCAUGCUCCUAUAAAUGGUAUUAUAGGAAUGACAACCUUGAUACUUGAAACAGAGUUAACAUGUCAACAACGUGAGAAUUUAACAAUGGUUAGUUCUUUAGCUAAUUCUUUAUUGACAAUUAUUGAUGAUAUUUUGGAUAUUCCAAAGA